GCAGGCCUUUCGCUGGUCGAACGCUUAUCACCAGCCUCGAUCUUAGUGCCUUAGCUUACAGUUCCUCGCAACUCAGUUAACUAGUUAUUGACCCUCACCUUCCACCAGCAGAUUCUUAUCGUCAAGCUCAAAUCUCAACAUGCCUCCUGCUCGUCGUCGAGGAGGCAACACUGCCGCCAGCCGCUCCGGCCAGUCCACCUUGUCUUUUGGCUCCAAAUCAAGAGUUACCAAGCCAUCUGCGGCUCCCGCGACCCGGUCUCAGAAAGCAAAGGAUCUCGAACCGGUCGUCACUUCUCUUCCCGAGAAACAGUCCAUUCACAGUGCCUCAGAACCAGAGGAGUCGCGAGAAAGCUCCACGCAACCCGAGCAGCCUCAUGUGGCAGAGCUUGCCGUGAGACAACAAGCUCAGGCGGAGAUCGAGCAGCCGGUAUCAGAGGAAGAUAAAAGGGCCAGCAAGAUCACCGAACGGGAGUUAACGAAUUACUGGAAGCAAGAAGAAGCGAAAAUGCGGGGGCCUCGAGUACACCAGGACGACCUUACAACGCAUGAGAAGAUCCUGCGGCACUUCGACCUUUCUAGUCAAUACGGGCCUUGCAUUGGGAUCGCCCGGCUCAGACGCUGGAGGCGGGCUAACAUGCUCAAUCUCAACCCACCGAUUGAGGUUCUUGCUGUGCUUUUGAAAGAUAGCGGUGACGCCAAGCAAAGAGCCUAUAUCGACGUGUUACUGUCGUGAUUGACAAGUACUUGUACAUGAUAUGUUGGUUACAACGAGAAUUUGGAGUAUGGUUUGGUAUUUAGGACGGCGUUUCGGCAUGCCACGCAUACCCUUCUGUUCAUUAUGGUGGAAUGAUUAUAUAUGCGUGAAUCAAAUUUCCGUUUUACAGUGACACCUCGGCCUUGAAGAGUGGUUGGAACCGUUUGUGAAUGGCCCUAGCCCCUAACG